UAUUUCCAUCAUGAGUCAUCCCACAAAAAUGCAAACUGGCUUACAAAUCUCAAAAGUAAGGUGCGGAUGGACCAAGUUGUUAGGCCAUGUCGAAGAGAGAAUCCACAGAUUAGCGCUUCCUGUAUCAAACACAACUCUAAUAUUAUUGUUAGCGAUCCACCUCAAAAUAUUAGAGUUGUGUUUGACGCGGGAAGCUCGAACCCGUGGACUCUCUAUUCGACGUGGCCUAAGAACUUGGCCCAUCCUCACCUUAUAUUUGACUCCAAAGGAAGCCUAAAAGGCACUCUUGCUCGAGAUAAUAUCAAGGUUGCUGGAAUCCAUCUUGAGCGACAAGACUUCGUAUUGGGGACUAACCCUGAUGCUGAGCUGAGAGAUGUGGAACAGUUACCGUUUGGGUAUGAUACUCAGCAAAGCACCGCAAUAAUUGACUCUGGGAUGACUGACAUUCAUGGCCCACAGCAGCCAUUCAUGCGGGUCUUUCACACUGUUUCUGACUACAAGAAUCCAUCUAGUGUGAAAGUCGGUAGUUCAUAA